AGUUGUGGUUUACAUUGGUAAAGUGGAGUUACAGGACAGUCUGCUGUGAAGUAAUCAGGUCUAGUGGGAUCACUUGCUGGCAGCACAAAGGUGCAUAAAGGAUCCUUCUGUAGCAGUCUGUGCUGAAGGUGGCGGAGUCAGUGGGUGUGUUGCACAUACAGGGAACACACAGACUCCACCGUGUUGCUGCUGUCCUCAGCACUGAAGAGUCAGAGGAGCUGGACAAGCUGAAUGCUGGGCUCACAUCUUGGAAGGCGUACUUGCUUAUGACGUGUUACUUUCCCUUUCUGCUCGAUGAGAAGGUAGCUUCGCCUGCCCAGGAUCAGGACCUCUGCCAUCCAGAGAGCCACAAACCCACUGUCAGGACAUAAAAACAAGUUUACAAGUUCCUAGGCAAAGGUGACAUCACAGAUCUUCGAGCAAGAUCUUGGGAAUUCUGAGUAUCUUAAAUCUCUCAAGAAGUUGCUCCAGAGACCAGUGAAGAAAAUCCAUUUGGUAUCCGAAGAUGAAGAGGGUACUUUUCCUGGUGCUAAUCUCUUUCUGUUGGGCUGAUCAUCAUGGCAGUAACUCCCCGGUGUACAACGACAGGAUCAUUCACGUCCAUGAGAAUGGGCCUCGUCUUGUGGUGGAGGUAGAUCAAACUAAAGUUAUCUCCCAUCGAGGUGGUAAUGCCACACUGCCAUGCAAAUUUCAUCAUGAAUCAGUGUCAGCCGGAUCACUUUCACACAAAAUUCGAAUCAAGUGGACCAAACUGACUUCAGAUUACCUCAAGGAAGUGGAUGUCUUUGUUUCAAUGGGGCACCACAAAAAGAGCUAUGGCAGCUACCAGGGCAGGGUUUACCUGCAAGGAUCAAGUGCAAAUGAUGCUUCACUAGUUAUCACCGACAUUACACUGGAAGACUAUGGUAGAUACAAAUGUGAAGUCAUUGAAGGACUGGAAGAUGAUACCGCUGUUGUAUCAUUGGAUUUACAAGGUAUUGUUUUUCCAUUCUUUCCUCGGCUUGGCCGCUAUAAUCUAAACUUUAAUGAGGCCCAACAAGCCUGUCAAGAUCAGGAUUCUAUAAUUGCCUCCUUUGAUCAGUUGUAUGAUGGGUGGAGGUCUGGACUUGAUUGGUGUAAUGCAGGUUGGCUAAGUGAUGGAUCAGUACAAUACCCAAUCACAAACCCUAGAGAACAAUGUGGUGGUAAAAACAUUGUCCCUGGAGUUCGAAACUAUGGCUAUAGAGACAAAGACAAAGGCAGAUAUGACGUCUUCUGUUUCACAUCAAAUUUUAAAGGUCGUUUCUAUUACCUAAUACAUCCAGUGAAGCUGACUUACGAUGAAGCUAUACAAGCCUGUAUCAAUGAUGGUGCUCAGAUCGCUAAAGUAGGCCAGAUGUAUGCAGCAUGGAAGCUACUUGGCUACGAUCGCUGCGAUGGAGGAUGGUUGGCUGAUGGUAGUGUUCGUUACCCAAUCUCAAAACCACGACGACGCUGUAGUCCCAAUGAAGCAGCUGUGCGCUUUGUUGGUUACCCAGAUAAAAAGCACAAGCUAUACGGUGUUUAUUGUUAUAAAGCAUAGAACCAUAGCAACCCAAGAACAAACACCAGUAUUAACAAAGUAAUUGCAAAAAAGUGAAAAUUUUAUUUUGAAAGUGAACUCAUGCAAGCUAUAAAAAACUGUGAUAAACAUUUUUACUUACUGUAAAAACAUUGUCAUACAUUUAUGUCAUCGGCUUUCUUUUGUUUUUUUUUUUGUUUUUUUUAUAACUCUUCUUCAAGUUAUAAUUUAAAAAAAUAUAUAGUUUAAAUUAAAGCAUAAUGGUUACUCAGUCACACCAAACCAUAUCUAGUAGUUUAAUGAAUGGGGCAUGCCAUAGCUUGAUGAUUGCUUCAUGUUUACUGAGGAAUGUAAGAUAACUCCAAAAAGAAGUGUAUAAAAAAAAUGUUUUAAUUAGUUUAUACAAUGAUAUUUUAAAAUGCACUACAAACAGUAGAUCAUCGGGUUCAGUUUAGGUGCUGCCAGUGUCUGCUUAUGCAUAAUAGGACAGCUAAUAUAAAAAGUAGUAUAUAAACUGUAUUUGCUUUGAACAUGGUUUGUUUUAAUAUUAUAAAGUAACAGGAAAAAAACAAAAAAAAAAAAAACAGUGAUGUCAUUAGAAGCACAGCAAAAAUCCUAGCAGUUAAACUGUAUUUUUUUUAUUGUGUAUGAAACAUUGAUGAAUGUUUGCAUAAUUAAUGAAUGAACCCUAUUUUGUUUUUAAUUCAGUUCAAUGACGCCUAAAAAGUGUUGAGUUACAGGUACAGUUGGCAAACUUUAAUGGGUUAGUUAAACAGCAGUGGCUGUUUGUUAAGAUAUAUAUAGCAUUUACUCAGGGCAGUUAUUCCAUGUGAACUGCUGGACAGAACAAACACAUACUCAAAAUGAUAUAGCAAAGUCUAUUAUAUGUUAGUCUUUAAUUAUUAUUGUCUUUAUUAAUAUAUAUUUAAUAUUUUUCGUAUUUAGAAUUCAUAAGAAAUUAUUGAAAAUGAGCACAGCUUCCAGUUAACCCCAAUUAUAAAAAUACAUGUUUUUCCUCAACUCUAACAGCACAGGGCUAACUACUCAGUAGGUCAGCAACUAACAAAAAAUAUGUAUAAAUAACAGAUAUAUAAUUUAUGUGUAUACAUUCAAAAGCAUACAAAAAUAGAAUUAGAAUGAGAAAUAUAUACAGGGCACAAUUACAGUCACUUGAUCUUCCCCAAUGCCAGUGGUAUAUUGUUUUAGAAUAUUGUUGUAGUAUGUAAUAUUUUGUUGAGCAUGUAAUGCACAGGAGAGUAUGCAAUUUUUGUGUCACUGCCAUUUCUUGCUAGAAGCACACUUUCCAUUUUGAUUUAUUUAAUUUAUAAAUGUAUCCCUAAAAUUUCAGUGAAUAAUUAGGUAAGAAUAUAUAACUACUCUGCUUUCUUCCAGCUCUCCAAAACUUUGUAAAAAUAACCUUAGUUGUAUAAUAUUACCCUUAACAUGCAGCUUGUGUUUUUUGUGAGGAAUUUUAAAUGCAUCUGAUGGAAACUUUAAGUUUACUGAAUGUAUGUAUAAUGCAAAUAACAAAAAUGCAACAUACUGUAAGCAUGCAGAAUAUAAACUUGAUAUCUUAAAAAAAUACAACAGAGGUCCAUAUUUAAAAAGCCAGCUUUACUGAAGGUUAACAAAUAUAAACACAUGCCAAGGCAUAUAUUAAGGAUUCAUGAAGUUGGGUUAUGUUUUAACAAUUGGUAAAAUAUGGAACUGAAUACUCAAACAACAGAGAAUAUUUUCUUCUGCAGUUAUAUAAAGCACAAAUUAUCGUUUAAUCUAAUAAAAAGGAAGUAAAAAAAA